AUGUCUUCUAAAUAUCAGUCACCUCGGCAGAAUCUCAAUGCUUCUCCUUUGCCCGAGCCAAAACCAACUAAGUCAAUCGUUGCAUCAAAAGUUCCAACAAAUGCAGACGCAGAUGCAAUCAUCAGAGACUUGAGACACAAUUACUUAGGUGUCGAACAAGUCGCUCGACUUCAUGAUAAAGAUGGAAAAGUCAGCGCCCGUGUUCGCAUUGAUUUCACAUCGAUCAAACUUGCAAAUGCAGCUCUAAGUAAAGGAUAUGUUCUCAUCGAUGGCAAACAAUGUCCAGUUCAAACAUAUCAACCACCAUUCUGUUAUCGAUGUCGCACUGAAGGACAUUAUGCUUCCAAUUGUUCACAAAAACCAUUGACUGAACAACGACUCCAAGACUUGUUUCAACAACAACAACAACAAUUAGAAUCGAUGAUGAAUGCAUUUGAAAGUAAAUGGAAUGAACGAUUAUCGUCUGUGAAAACAAGUUCACCGACAAAUGUCAAUUUAGACAAAGUAAUUCCAGUUUUGAAAGACUUGACAUCAAUUUGUCAACAAUUCAAUCAACAAAACGUUCAAAUGCAACAGCAGCUAAACAAUAUUGUUAAUCAAGUACAAAAAAAACAUCAACUUGCUCGUUUAAUGCAAACACAUCGAUCGCAUAGUGACCGUUUAACUGAAAACGAUACCCGAGAAUUCUUCAAAUACUAUCACAACGACUCAACUAUGUUGAGUAUCAAUGCAUUUGUCUGUUCAUUUCCAAUGUCUCUAUGUGAAGUCUAUUUGCCAUUCAAUCGAACGAUAAUUUGGUUACCAGCGCAUCGAUUUACAUUAGCACGAUGUACACGUCCAGAACUCGACCGACUUAUUCAACAUCUCCAGCAAUCGGUUCGAUCAACUCAACAACCGAAACAUUUUCUCGCAGCGGCUGGUCGAUAA